CGAAGGAGGGGUGGGGCCGACGGAGAGCCGUACGGCGGAGGCGGGGAUUCAGUGGCUUUUGGUGCUCUCGGGUGAGCUCUGCCCGGCUGCGGGGAUGGCGGGGAGGGGGAAGCUCAUCGCAGUGAUCGGAGACGAGGACACGGUGACUGGUUUCCUGCUGGGCGGCAUAGGGGAGCUUAACAAGAACCGCCACCCCAAUUUCCUGGUGGUGGAGAAGGAUACAACCAUCAAUGAGAUCGAAGACACUUUCCGGCAGUUUCUAAACCGGGAUGACAUUGGCAUCAUCCUCAUCAACCAGUACAUCGCAGAGAUGGUGCGGCAUGCCCUGGACGCCCACCAGCACUCCAUCCCCGCUGUCCUGGAGAUCCCCUCCAAGGAGCACCCAUAUGACGCCGCCAAGGACUCCAUUCUGCGCAGGGCCAGGGGCAUGUUCACUGCUGAAGACCUGCGCUAGGGGACUCCUCACAGCCCUCAGCCCUUCGCUCGUUUCCAGGCCUCUCCCCAGGCUUGCCAUCAGCCUUCUUUACUUUUUGAGCCUCUGAUUUCCAAUUCCCUGCCCAUUCCCACUCCAUUAAGAGGCUAGGUGAGGCACUUCUAGGUUGCUGGGGCUCUGCUGUUAAAGCUGGUUAAGAAACAGGAAGCCUGACCAUCUCCCUCCACUACCUGUUCCCUGUGCUUUUACACAGUGUCAUUGUUGAUGUUAAAUUAAAGUCAUAUUCUUGCUUCUCUCCAAA